AUGUAUAGACAAAUACCUUUAUCUGUUGCGUUCAGUAGUGAAAACCCUGACGUCAAAAUAAAGGGGAACAGAGUAACGUUUAAGUUUCCAACAGACUGGAUUGUGAACAUAAAUGAAGAGAAGUACAUUGGCAUAACAUCUAUGUAUAUAACACGUGCUUUCAGAAAGGUUGACUUUAUACUUCAAGUCGAGAUAGAAAAUGACGAACAGUCUUUAAGCGCCCAAAACAUUCACAUAUACAAAUACUUUAAAGACGAUACAACAUUGUUGCAAUGUAUGAUUUCAUUUAAUGAGAUGUUCGAGAAAAAGUUUAACAUUGAAGUACAAACUUUACAGCCUUUACGUGAGUUUCUUGCACAACUGAAAGAAGAAGGUAGUCAGCCACAACUUAUAGACUUUCAUUAUGAAUUUAAUGAAAAUGAAGAUGGAACUCAUGACUGUCAGUUUGUUGUAUUCUCACCAUUCAAUGAAGUCGCUAAAAAGAAAGAAAAUCCAUUACGUAUAAGAUUUCAAAUCUCUGAACCAAGUGAUGAUUUCAAGAAUGUUUUCAAUUAUGAUGCAAUGCUUCCGAGGAAAAAUGAAUUUUCAAAGAUU